UAUUUUGAUAAUGCAGAUGCGAUUUUAGGUUCUAUUUGGCUCAUGUACAUCAUAAAUUUAAUAUCAAUUGUUAAAAAUUUCAGUCCAAGCUCCAAUUUUUUAUUUUCUCCCUACUGCGCAUGAUCAUCGAUCAAAACAGACAAGAUGGCGGACAGAAUUCUAUCGAAUCGAUUCUUUGUGAUUUUGUGUGUAUUUCUCUUUAACGUUGUAUUUGGAUCACAGGAGGUGUUUGUGGCCCAUACACCUAGCUAUGUGUCAUUCAUGAAGAAUGCAGGAGCCAUUGGUGCAUCAGAAUUGCCUGAAAUUGUCUCUACUGCACUGGGUCUACCAACACAGAGCAUAGAAUGGACAGGAUUGAAAGAAGGCAACCCAUUCCAUCGUCCUAAGGCCAAUGUGAUGUUUACAAUCCCCGGCUUCAAUGAUAACACACAGCUGAAUAUCAAACACCAUGUUAAAUUCCCAGUUAAGAAAGAUGACAUGGCUGUGAGUUCUGAAAGUUUGGUGGACAAUAUACAGAACACAUUUUUUGAGAGGUCCCCUCUUAUUGUCGACUUGAGGGCAGAUAAUACAAUGCUCGACAUCCAAUCCCAGCAUCCAAUGCUCUUCAAGGACAUUCCCGCAACAUUUUCAUCUUUGGAAGAUGCUCUUAUUGACCCUAGUUCAGUGGCAUUGAAGGAGAAUAUUGGAACUUUGAAUACUUCCAACAGAGCGGACAUGUUGCUUUUAGGAGAGCUAGAGGUUAUCAGACAAAUAGUAGAAAAGGUAAAGGGUGAAUCAAGUGUGAAGGACAAUACUCCUGAUGUGUUCAACUUUAACAUUGAAGGAUUUCAGGCUCUUGUCCAGGAAUAUGGGGCUGAGUCCACACAAGUGAAGGAUGCAUUGAAACUCAUCCAAGGAUUUCUAGAAAAGAUGACCGAAGAGUUCAAGAUAUUAUACAACAAAAAUGUCCUCGUUGAGAUCGUUACUUUGAGUGGUGGUGUACCAGCCCGGACCCUAGUGAGGAAGUCUAGAGAUAUUCUACAAGCAGCCUCUGAAUUGCCUAAAAUCAACCUUACCGAUGAUGUAGACCCAAACUAUGCAGUCAUCUUUAACAUCAUAUUAUGGCUCGGGAUCAUCUUGAUCAUCUCCCUGUUCGCCAUCUCUUAUGGUAUUUGGGGGAUGGAUCCUGGUAGGGACAGCAUCAUCUAUAGAAUGACCAGCCAAAGGAUGAAGAAAGAAUAGCAGUUGACGCGUAGAACAGUUAUAUUGCGAUUACUCACCUCCACCCCGAACAAUGCCAUUACCACGAGGAAUUGCUUGUUUUAUUUUUUCGGUUUUGAUUUCAGUGUUGAUUUUGAUCGGUACUGGCUUUGGUUGAACUUUGUAUAUGUGUAGUUUACAAAUGUAUACAUCAUAAAAAGGAUCAUCGAAAAGAAUUAUGAAAUGAAAUUUUUUUGAGCUCUGCACAAUAUAACUGUUUUAUGUAAAAUGAAAAGAGGAAGUUAAUGCAAUCCCAUAAACCCAAAAUACAUAUCCUGUCAGAGACAAAUAUAUGUAGAUGGAUUUGGGGAAUUUUGGGAUCGUUUGGCUACCUCAUUUGCAAAGAAAUGAACAAUAUGGCUGCUUAUGUGAAAUUAUAUGAGUCUCAAGCCUAAAUGCCGCUAUGUCUUGGUUACUACCAUUUCACACAUUUCUCUAAAAUAUUUCUACAUGUGGGUCUACCCAGAUUUUCUGUUUCAAUAUGGUUGACAAUGCCUCUUCAAAAUGGCUGCCAAUCUCUUAUAUUAUUAUGCGCAUUCCUCUUAAUAUUGUUCAAAUAUUUUAAUCCAUUUACAUUGUGACAUUUGCGUAUGAGAUACAAGCAUUCCAAGUAUAUAUCAUUCUAAAUAAUAGUCUUGCUUCAAGCCACUGCCCCCCCCCCUCACUUAAUAUAUUUCACUAAUUAUUGGGAAUUGGAAGGGGAAUAUAGGGGCUUGAUACAAGGCUAUCUCAAUAUGUUUGAAUAAGUCUUGCAUUAAGUCACUGUCCUCCCCCA